AUGGGAUUUGAAAAACCAUCCUAUGUGCAUAGGCAGUGUAUUUUUCCAAUGAUUCGUUCUCAUGAGAGUCAAGAUUAUUUAUUCGAAAAUUGUGGUGAAGGAACAGAUCGGAUUGUUUCGUAUGUGAUUGGAAUUAUUGAAAGAAGAUAUCGAAUGAGGAAUGAAAAGAAUGGAACGACCAUUGUGAUUGGAAAUGGAUGGCAAUGGGCAUAUACUGUUAGAUAUUUGUUAAAAUCUUUAGGAGGAGAUGAUUUGAAAGUUUGUUUGUGUUUGGAAGGAUUCAGGGCAAGUACUUUUCAAGGAAAUGAGGAUGUGAUUGUUGGAAUUUGUAACAAUGUGAACAAUCUUGUCAAUUCUGGGUCUCUAAAAGCAAAGGAUGUAAAUUUAUUGAUUAUUGAUCAAGCUAAUCAUUUGAUUUUUGAUUUAGAUUGUGGUUUACAUAUACUGAUGUGGAAUUUUAAUUGUAAAGUUUGUUGGUUUUGUCUAACUGAUUGUCUGAAGGAAAAUCCUCUGAGAGAUCCCAUCAAGAUUCAAAUAUUGAAAGAUGGAACAGAUUAUCCUGAUCUGAGAGCUUCUUACUCUAAGAAUUUUUACAUUGAUGUAGAAAUUGAAGACUACAAAUACGAAACUAUCAGUGAUUUAUUCGAUAUUUUGGAUGGUCUUCGAGCAGUAGUGUACUGUGAAUCAGAUGAGAAAGCUAAGGCAAUUUGUGAAAAAUUGCAAGAUCGGUUUCUUGUAGCAUGUUUACACAGAGGCCUUGGAGAAACACAAAUUGAGGAAAUUAGACAAGAUUUUAAUUGGGCAAAGGUUAGAUUUUUAUUUACAACAGAUCAUUUCUCUAAACUUGAAUAUCAUCCAGUCUUGGUGAUAAACUAUGAUUUACCAUGGCAAAAUGAAAAGUAUGCACUUCGACAAAUCACAUCAAGGUUUAGAAAUACAGCAACUAUCAGCUUGAUACGACACGAAGACGUUAUUAAGAUUAGAGAAAUUGAGAAAUUUUAUUUCAUUGAAAUUCAAGAAUGUCCGUAUGCCAUUCUCGAUUACCUUUGA